UAUACGCGUGUGCCUUGGAGAGUGCUGUGUUAAACGGGUGUGCUGCAAACAUGUGCCGUGUGUCACUUUGUGUUCUCGUUCUUCUCAUAGCUGUCGCCAUGGUUGCGGGGCAGCGAGGACGUCCAAAUUUUGACUUCAAGCCCGAUCCUCCUCGACAUCGUCUCAACGUGUUCGGAUCUGCGUCAGGCAACAGCGGUCGCAACUUCAACGCCAACGUUGGCGUCCGCGGCGAGUACGACUUGCACCGCUCCAAGAACGGCGGCCGUAUUACCGGCUACGCUCAGGGCUCGCAGAGUUUCGGCCGCUUUGACGGCCACUCGUACCGAGGAAAGCCGCAGGGAGAGGUCGGAGUGCGGGCCCACAUACCAUUCUGAAAAGGACGUCUUGGCGGUUACGACGAACGGCGAAGUUCUGUGUUCAGCGGUUGAAUAUAAGACCCCGCAAACUUCGCUGAAACGCGCAAGAACGACCGCAAGAAUUGUGUUCUGAAUAACGGGUCCCUAAAACUUUCUAUGUGCACUUUUGUCUAGGACUUCCUUUUCUUGUCCACUUAAAUUAAAUAUAAAAAAAACACUG